AAGGGACGCUUUUAGGUCUCUUCGUCUAUGAUUGCCCCAACCCAAGAAGUUAAAACCCUAGCACUUUAUCCUUUUUGCCCAAACGCGCUGAUACGCGAGAAAACGAUGUCGUGACAGCGUUUCUAAUGGAGAUUUCUCUCACAGCUUCACAGAUUUGAAGAGCCGUUGGCAAACUCGCUCGGCCCAUCUUUAUUCCCUCCAUUUUUCUCCGACGCUUCAAACAUUCGGCGCUCGACGGCAAAAUCGUCGCAUUUCCUUCUCAUCAAGCCAAAAUCGCUUACGAAUUUGGCCUAAAUGGAUGCUGGAACGAGCUACACCCUGCACCCGGGCCCCAUUGACAACUCCGUGCUCACCCUCCAAAACCACCACCGGUCAACUGACAUAUGGAACGGGCACGAUUUCGAGCCCCUGACCUGCAGAAGAUGUGAUGGCCAUUUCUGGCGUCUGGAUGCUGUGGCCCCACGCGUCCAGCAGAUGAUGCUAAAGUCGGGCUUCUACGGAGUCUACAAGGCCGGCCGCAUCCGACUCGAUCAUGCCCUGAUCACUGCUCUAGUCGAGCGCUGGAGACCCGAGACCCACACCUUCCACCUGCCAGCUGGCGAGGCCACCGUCACCCUGCAGGACAUUUCUGUCCUUUGGGGCCUACCAGUGGACGGGGACCCGAUCACGGGAGUCGACACUAACCGCUCAAUGGACGAGUGGCAGGACAUUUGCGGCGAGCUGCUCGGUUUCAGGCCACCCCCAGAAGACUUUGACCGCGGUCGGCUUAAGAUUAGGUGUCUGCAGGAGAGGUUCAAGAUGCUCCCAGAUGAUGCCUCGGACCAGACGGUGGAGUAUUAUGCGAGGGCGUACAUCUUGCAGCUGCUCGGGGGGCAGUUGUUGUCGGACAUGUCUAAUAAUAAGGUCAAGCUGAUGUACUUGCCUCUGCUUCGGGAUUUGGAGGCGGCCGGGAGGUUGAGCUGGGGGAGUGCCGUUCUUGCUUGCCUGUACCGAGCUCUGUGCCGGGCGACUAAACCCGAGACGUCUGAUAUAUGUGGGCCUCUCGUGCUUCUACAGAUAUGCUUGACUGCGAUUUUCCUGGUCCGCGAAGUGUGGAAUAUUGGCUUCAAGCUGGAGAGCGUGGGGACACAUGUUCUAGUCCUGUACAGGGACUUACUGGACAACAUGAAGGAUGACCAGUUCAUAUGGGAACCAUAUUCUUUAGAUGUGUUGGGCAUCCUGCCCGAAUACUGUCUGUCAGGAAGGAGGAUCUGGCAGACGGUGGCCCCACUGAUAUGCUUCGAUGUGGUGGAAUUCCACCACCCUGACCGUGCCCUACGCCAGUUUGGUCAGCAGCAGCCGAUCCCUGCCGCCUGUGAUACCAUUCCGGACAUCCAUUUCACUGACCGCCGUGGGCGGCAGAACUAUGACUGGGUGCAGCACCACCGGCAGUUUGUGGACAUGUGGGCCAGACGUGAGGCCAGAGUUGUGACAGCCCCUAAAAUCGAGUGCCCCAUGGAUCAAAGUGAUCCUUACAUGAUGUGGUACAGGAGGAUUACCCGCUUGUUGAUCGGUAACCCUGCUGCUCGUCCGAGCAACGGCUACCAGGGAGGUGGAGGCGCAAAGGAGGCCAUGGCCCAGAGCUUACAGAAAAUAUACCACCUGGUAUCGGAUGCGCUAAAUCAAGGCUGCGAGAUCUCAGGGGAAGAAGUCCUUAGGGAUAUCCUCGAUGUGUGCACAUAUUCUCUGAGAACUGCUCACGAGGGCCACCGCCUUCUCUCCGCCCUUCCAGACUUGGGCCCGUCAUCUCCAGCUACAUCACUGUCCAUCCCGCCCAAGGCUCAGCGAGGCAGACAAAGGAAGAGAGGUGGGUUUUUAGGUGGAGCAGCUCUCGAGAACCGAAAGAGGGCUUCAUAUAUUCCUGUUACAGUGUCCACACCGUCAUUGGGCGUGAUGCACUCUCCUAUGCCGUCAAUUACUGUGCCCGACACUGGAGUAGAUACACCUCAGACGUGGGAUUCCUCCCUCUGCAUAUCUGAGUUCCACGAUACUCCAGAUUCAAACGCCAUGCAGUUGGAUCCUGAAGCUUCAGACACUAAAGACCCAUUUCUUCAUGCCCUGGGGAAGAUCCGGGACAUCUGCUCGUUCACGUUGAGAACCAACGCUGUUGAAACCUCAACACUGAAGCAGGAGGAGGGGGCAGGGGCAGGGGCAGGGGCAGCAGUUGGGCCUAAGACGAAGCACUGCAAGCCCAGGAGGAGAGGCGGGAUGAGCGGAGCCCAUACAGUCGGACAAGGAGCUUACUUUGCCUCCACCCCCGAGCAGCCCUCGCCUACAGAGUCUACUCAGCUCAACAACGGCGAACAGAAUGCUGCAUGCCACCAUCCAUUUGCGGCAGUCGAGCAAGAGGACAAUCUGCAGUCGGAAAUGAUAGAGCUGGACACCAUCACUGGAAGCCGAGAGCCCUCCCCAUCGGCAGCUGUCGACAAGUUAGAAGGCAGCAACACCAAAGAGGAUGAAGGGAAUGGAGGGAAGAGGAAGGAGGGGGCUGUGGAUGAGGUGGGGUCCACUGAUUUGGUCGCAAAUGGGCCGAUUGCUGCAAAUGAUGAUGACUGUGGCAGAUCAGUGUCUUCAGAGCAUGUUGUUGAGGGAGGGGUUUGGAGUAGUGUGGUGGGGGGAGUAAGGGAUGAUGUGCAGAAGAAGUACAAGAGGCAAAGGCGCUCCGCUGCUGCGCAGAUGGCUUCCGAUUACUUAUUUUCUUCAGCUGCAUACGCAAAUGGUACAUUCAUAAAAGUCAAGACAGGAACACAAUAUUCUUGA